AUGCUUAAAGUAGCCUGCUUGCUACGAGGUAUUCUGUACUGGCUUGUUAAACGAGUCAGUCUGUCUGCUGAACCCACAUCGAGACGAAAGCCGAAGUCUGGUUGGGAGGCUGCGAAAGAGGUGGCAAGCCCAAAGGCCGCAGACGAAGAAGCAAGUCACGGCUCUAGCGAAGGGAGUAGUAAAGGGAAAAAAAAGAACAAAGUCAAGCUCAAAGACAGGGAAAAAACCGAAGAAGAGGAAGAAGAAGAAGAAGAGAGACAAAAGGACCAGCCACUUCCGAGAAAGACCCUUUUUUUUCUUUUCUGCUAUUUAUUUAUUUACCUGAGCCGGAGUCCAGUCCAGGUCGACUUGUUGUUGUUGAUCCCAAGUGAUAUUCAGCUGCAUUCACGGCGUCUUGCGAGAUUCACUCCUGCACAGGAUUUACUCGGCUUCCUUUUUGCUUGGUGUUUCUUUUGUGCUGGACUUGCUUCGAUCGGCGUCGAGACAUCCACGGCCAUUUCCUGCGUCAACAACAUCCCAGCGAAGAAAGACACGGCAAGGGAAGACACUCGAUUCUCGGAGGAUAGCACGGAACAAAGACGCACGACGAGAGGGAGUGAGAGAGAGAGAGAGAGAGAGAGAGAGAGAGAGACGGAGAUGGCGCCCUCGGUUGCUAAGCGUCGCAGUCGUCGGCGAGAAGUCGACCUGCACGAAGACCCGGUUGAUAUGGACGCCCUCGACUCGUCUCCCACCCGGCGUUCGGUCAAGAAGCGCAAGGUCAGUACUCGUCUUUUUCCUCUGUUGGUUUGCGCGCGCCGGCAUAGAGACGGCGUUGAAAAGCGUGUGUUGUCGAGUGUCUACCAGUGUACAGUAUCUAAUAAUAAUAACAACAUGCAGGUCGAACACACGUCCCAGCCGGACUUUGAGAGGACCGUCGAACCAGCCGCCUCUGCAGACGAGAACGACGACGAGCACGACAACGAGAUGGCAGCCAACCAGGACCUCGUCGACUCGGUCAUCGCCAACCUGGCGGUCGCAAGGGAGCCCGUUGCCGUCAUGACCCUGCACUCCAACGCCCGCACGCAGCAGGAAAACAAAGAAAGUGUCGAGGCCUACGCUAAGAUUGCCGGCCGCGACUGGACCUACUACGUCAAGACGCUGCAUGUCAACAUCGGACGCCCGCCAGACCGCGACCAGAGGCUCGAUGCCCAGUCUUCCCCCAUCACUGUCGCCGCCCAGGCCCUGCCGGACGUUCACAUCGACCUCGGACCGGGCAAGUUUGUCUCCCGGCUGCAUGCAGAGAUAUACUACGACCGCGACGACCCGCCGUGCUGGCGCGUGAGAGUCAACGGACGAAACGGCGUGCGGGUUAACAACACCUUCUACAAGCGUGGAACGGCUACCCAGAUCUCCUGUGGCGACAUCCUAGAGAUCGCCAAUACCCAGAUGAUGUUCGUCACUCCCAGAGACAAGGCCGUCAUCGACCCGGCGUUCGUCCAGCAGGCCCAGAACGGCGUCCAUACCACUCGUGAAACAGACGAGACCGCCUGGGAUGGAUCGUACCAUUCACACCCAACCACUGCCAACGCCGGUACCAGUUCCAGUGCUGGUGCUGGCGCCAGACCACCCCGUCGUAUGUCCUUUGCUCUCAACAGUAGAGAACCGGCCGAUACUGCUUCUGUUUCUGCUGCUGCGGCUAACUCUACUGGGGGUGCUGCCACCGCCAACGGUAGCCGUCGAGCAGCAGAGAUUGCAAACGCGGCCACCGUUACUCCCAAGCGGCAGACGACACCCUCCCAACGCCCACUGUCGCGAGAUACCAUUGAACCAUCGUCCAAGGUCUCCCCCAUGUACAACCGGGGCCUGAUGAUGGAAAGUACCGAGGAGAUUGACUACAGUGAGGACGCGGCCAAGGAUAUCAAGCCACCCUUCAGCUACGCAAACAUGAUUGCUCAGGCCAUCUUCUCCACCGAGGAAGAGAAACUGUCCCUGAGCAACAUCUACAAGUUCAUCAUGCAAAAGUACGCCUUCUACCGGCACUCGCAGUCCGGUUGGCAGAAUUCCAUCCGCCACAACCUAUCUCUCAACAAGGCCUUCCAGAAGGUGCCUCGUCGCACAGACGAGCCUGGCAAGGGCAUGAAAUGGCAGAUCGUCCCUGAGCAUCGCGAAGAGUACUGGAAGAAACAGGCCAAGAGGAGCGGACAGUCUUCCACUCCGGCAUCCCCCAUCGGCAAGGAGAGAGGCGGCAACAGCGCCUACCAGCCCAUCAACGGCCACGUAGCCACCAACGUCGAGAAGAACAUUGAUGCCUCUGCGGCUGCCCUCGCAGCCAGGCCAUCUCCUCAGGCAAACACUACAGCCUCACCAGGCUAUCACUCCUUCUCAGUCGCCCCCAUCGAAGCAUACACGCCAGACCGCGGCUCCCGAAAUGGCCUUGGUAUCAACGGUGCGGGCACACAUGACUUUGACGAACAGUCUCCGUUGCCCAACGGUCCACGCAACAAUGCACCAACACGGCCCUACGGUCUGUCUGACAAUGCUGUUGCUUCUCCUCCAGUUCUCUCCUCAUCAUACUACGACGACGCUGCUUCGUCAAUGAUCACUCCCGCCCCCUUACGACAACAGCCUCGUCUUGCUCCUCCAAGUACCGCCCAGGUUCCUUCACGCUACAUGCAACUCAGUUCGCCAGCUCAGUUCUGGAAAUUAGCCGAUAUGGGCAACACUCCUGCCAGGCCAAUGCCGGACAUCAGCCCGCUUAAGCCCUCCAUCGGCACCUCUGAGUCCAGUCGCUGGAAGACCCUCAACCCCAUCCCGAGUAGCAGCCCACCACCAGCCAAUCUAGGCAGCCCAACUAAACCUCCUACUUCUUCCCUCAGGGGUCGCGGUGGUGUCUCUCCUCUGGGACGGGAUGUGCGUGAGCGGGAGAGCAGCACUAUCAAGCGUCACCAGGAUAGCUGGGAUGAAGAUGAUGAUGACAACGAUGGUGAUGACACUGGCUUUGAUCUUGCUAGGUUUGUCCCCCUCCCUCCUUCCACUGGUAUAUGUGAACCAGUAUACUAA